AGUGUUUGAGGCAAGAACUGGAUCAAUCAAUUCAUCAUUCAAUUUCUCUAUCUCUUGACUGAAUCGAAGAGAUCGUAAUGGCGCUUCUUGGAGGUAUCAAGGAAGUUCCUGCAAACCAGAACAGCGUUGAGGCUGAUGAACUUGCUCGUUUCGCUGUUAACGAACAUAACAAGAAAGAGAAUGCGCUUCUGGAAUUUAGCAAAGUUGUGAAAGUGAAGGAGCAGGUAGUUUCCGGCACAAUGUAUCAUAUAACUCUUGAAGCUAGCGAUGGCGGUCAGAAGAAGGUUUAUGAAGCCAAGAUCUGGGUCAAGGUGUGGGAAAAUUUUAAGCAGCUUCAAGAGUUCAAGCUUGUUGGGGAUGGGUCUGUGGGCUCCUCUGCUUAGUUUGCUUGGGUCUUAAUGUCGUGAUGGAGGAACCUAGAUACAGCUGAUGCGUGGAAUGUUUAAUAACAUCAAAGACUACUUACAUUUGAGACAAAUGGAGCAUAAUCCCUUUGCUUUCUUUCUAUGUAUAGUGUCUUGAAUUUAAUAAAUUCUGUAAGCUAUGGAGUGGAUAUUUAUCAUCAAUAGUUGUUGUUAUGAGGCAAUUGAAAAAAUAUAUGUAUCUUUCAUCAAGACAUAUCCAUCUUAUAAAUCCUUAUUACGAAUAAGUAAAGC